AUGGGACUUUCGGAAAGCAAGGCAGCGAGUGCCAGAGGGGCCACGCCUCCGAAUGAGAACCAGCAGAAGGUGGAAGUGGAGGUUCCCAGGGAGAGGGAGUACGUGCACAAGGAACCAGUGGGCGUAGUGGUGAUCGGCCUCGGCCAGCGGAUGUGCACCCUCCUUCGAUUCCUGCUCCUGAAGCACGGACGCCUCGUGCAAAUCCGUGCCUUCUGCGACGAUUCGCCCCAAGCCAUCCAGCAAGGCCUCGAACACCUCAAGCUGGUCACGGACGUGGACUACAGCGAGACGGUGCCGACCUUCACCUCGCACGAAGAACUCUUCGCCGCAGGGCUCGACUUCACGUGGGUGCUCAUCGGCUCUAAGAACUAUCUGCACAAGGUCCACUGCGUCGCGGCAUUCGAGCAGGGCAAGCACGUCUUCUGCGAGAAGCCCCUCGCCACCACGCUCGAGGACUGCGUUGCGAUCAGAGAGGCCUCGCAAGCGAGCGGCAAGCUGUUCAGCACGGGGUUUGUGCUGCGACACGCCUCGUUCUACCAAAAGAUCAAGGAGAUUCUCGACAGCGGCAAGCUCGGGCGCAUCGUCUCCGUCGAGGCCAACGAAACGCUCAUGCCAGCCCAUGGUGGAUACAUCAUGAGGAAUUGGAGGCGUCACAGGGAUCAAACGGGUCCACACAUCCUCGAGAAGUGUUGCCACGACAUCGACAUCUUGAACUGGCUCCUCGAGUCGUUGCCCUCCCGUGUCGCGUCAUUCGCCGGCUUGGAUAUCUUCGUCCCCGAAAACAAGCCCCCUCCGGAAGUGAGCCGCGCGUAUCGGACGUGGCCGGCCUGGGAGGAGGUGGACCCCUUUGACAGUGAUAAGGACACCGAGGACAACCAGGUGGUGAUCAUGGAGUACCGCAACAAGGUCCGGGUGACCUUCCACACCAACUGCAAUUCGGCCCUGCCCGAGCGUUCGCUCCGCAUCUUUGGCGUCAAGGGCGCCCUCAUCGGCGACCUGUUCACGGGCAAGAUCAAGCUGUGCCUCGUGGAGAACGACAUCGUGCAGGCCAUUCGCUGCCGCACCGGCGACCUCCAUGGCGGGGCCGAUGAGAUCAUCGUCGAUGACCUGGUGCAGAGCAUCGACGAAGAGACUCCGCCCAAGGCCAGCGGCGAGGAAGGGUUCCGCAGUGCCGUGGUGUGCCUGGUCAUCGACCAAGCCCGCGCGUCGGGUCAAGUGGAGAGCCUGGAGCAGGUCUGGCCCCGCUUCGGCAUCGAUGACGACCACCACAACGAAGCCUAG